CACACAGCCGCGCGUCCUACAAGGGGCCGACGCGGGGCAUCUUCCUUGCUCUGGGCAGGCAAGGGGCCGGGGCGCAGGCCUGGCCGGGCGACGGCCGAGCGCACAGCUUCUCGCAGGGCGGAGGGCGGCGCGAGGGAGGGAGAGAGGGAAGGGAAAGGCGAGCGCGAGCUGCCUUAAAUGCUUGGAAUAAUUCCGCUUCCGUUUGGAAAGCCGCAGUCUCAGUCCCGCCGCGCCCGCCGCGUCCGCCCAGCGCCAGCUCCGCGUCCCGACCGGCCCGCGGCUGCCCGCUCCACUGCCAUGGCCACCUCCCCGCAAAAGUCGCCCUCUGUCCCCAAGUCCCCCACUCCGAAGUCGCCCCCGUCCCGGAAGAAAGAUGACUCUUUCUUGGGGAAACUCGGAGGGACUCUGGCCCGGAGGAAGAAAGCCAAGGAGGUGUCCGAGCUUCAGGAGGAGGGCAUGAAUGCCAUCAACCUGCCCCUUAGCCCCAUCCCCUUCGAGCUGGACCCUGAGGACACGAUGCUGGAGGAGAAUGAAGUGCGAACAAUGGUGGAUCCAAACUCUCGCAGUGACCCCAAGCUUCAAGAACUAAUGAAGGUAUUAAUUGACUGGAUCAAUGAUGUGUUGGUUGGAGAGAGAAUCAUUGUGAAAGACCUGGCUGAAGAUUUAUAUGAUGGACAAGUCUUGCAGAAGCUUUUUGAGAAACUUGAGAGUGAGAAGCUGAACGUUGCUGAGGUCACCCAGUCAGAGAUUGCUCAGAAGCAAAAGCUGCAAACUGUCCUGGAGAAGAUCAACGAAACCCUGAAACUUCCUCCCAGAAGCAUCAAGUGGAAUGUGGACUCUGUUCAUGCCAAGAGCCUGGUAGCCAUCUUGCAUCUGCUAGUUGCUCUGUCCCAGUAUUUCCGGGCACCCAUCCGACUCCCAGACCACGUUUCCAUCCAAGUGGUUGUGGUCCAGAAACGAGAAGGAAUCCUCCAGUCUCGGCAAAUCCAAGAGGAAAUAACUGGUAACACAGAGGCUCUUUCUGGGAGGCAUGAACGUGAUGCCUUUGACACCUUGUUCGACCAUGCACCGGACAAGCUCAACGUGGUGAAAAAGACUCUCAUCACUUUCGUGAAUAAGCACCUGAAUAAACUGAACCUGGAGGUCACAGAACUGGAAACCCAGUUUGCAGAUGGGGUGUACCUGGUGCUGCUCAUGGGGCUCCUGGAGGGCUACUUCGUGCCCCUGCACAGCUUCUUCCUGACCCCGGACAGCUUUGAACAGAAGGUCUUAAACGUCUCCUUUGCCUUUGAGCUCAUGCAAGAUGGAGGGUUGGAAAAGCCAAAACCACGGCCAGAAGACAUCGUCAACUGUGACCUGAAAUCCACACUGCGAGUGUUGUACAACCUCUUCACCAAGUACCGGAACGUGGAAUGAGGGGCCGACGGGACCGUCCUCCAAACCUCCUUAACCUGCUUACUCCUGUCUCGUGCUCUCUGCUCUCCCACAAGUCCGCUGUAACUCAGAGACGGUGGAAACUGAAUUAGGAAGGAAAUACUCAGUAACUCCGUGGGCUGACCCACACCUGCCAGGCCCUGGGGAGUGACCCAGCAAUGGCCUAAGAAAGCCAUCCCCAUCCAGGUGUCGGGUCCACAUUUCUCUCCGUGUGAUUUGGGAACCCGCUCAGGCCCGAGAGGCCCACACAGAAAAUGAAAAUAAAGAUAAGAGGUACCAUUUAAUGGGUGUAAACCAUGUAGCAGACACCACAGCAAGUGCUCUGAUGUACUCAAACUCAGUCCUCACGACUCCUAUUGAAGCAGGUGUUACAGAUGAGGAAACUGAGGCUCAGAGAGGUUAAGUGUCUUGCCAGUAGUUGGCAUUCUUUUCCCCUUUGAACAACAUAUUUGCUUAUAACUAGCCAAUUACAUCCCAUUCUUUGCACGUCCUAUUGUCGUGUGUGUAUGUGUGCACGUGCACCCACAGAGAAGACAGGGGCCCACUAACCCCACCACCAACCAGGCUGGGUCAGGGCUUAGUGAUUCACACUCGAAUUGGCAAAUGAAAUUUAACCCAAUUAAUAGUGUAUGUGUGGCAGGAGUCAUGUCCCUCAACUCCUUUGUACAAAUGAAAAUUACUCUUAAUUCCUUCAGAUUUGUAAUAACUCCAUACUCUGCUUUCAGGGUGACAUUUGGAAAGGAUUCUGUUUAAAAUUAAUGGAGUGGCACAUUUUACAGCCUUUUUGCUUGAUUACAUGUAAUGGAAGUGCCCUAUAUUUUCCUGCAAAAUAAGUACUCGAUUCAUUAUCAUUAGGCAAAUGUAUAAUACACGCCUGCACCACAGAAAGCUAGGCGCAGGCCCACGUGAGCAUGGCUUGGGAAGUAGGGCUCUUCAACAGGGACCCUUGAACUUUAAAGAAAGGAACUCCUUUUUGCUUUCUAAUUGAUCAUUUAGACCGUUUCUGGCUAAGUCUGCCUACAUGCAAUUACCAGCUAAUUCAAGCGAGGAAAAAUGUAAGUCAUUCAGACCCAAGCCGAGUGGUUUCCUUGCGUGGGCUACUUACAGGCUUGUGGUAACUUGUAUCCCCUCUCUGUGAACCCAACUUUUAAAUACAAGGCUCUAAUUGUCCCAGGCUGCCAGGUCCUUCAGUAAUAGGAAAGGGACUGAAAUGGGGGGUGCUUAGGGGGACAAGAAGCUUGGGGAAAAUAUUUGCACACUUAACAUAUAGGGGAAUACCCUCAGGCAGACGGAUGGAUGGGACUUAUGGGGUUUACAGUCUUUGUAAAUUGACCAAGCGCUUGUAGGAUAAUUACUAAGUUGUACUGAUAUGUCUUAAUUAUAGAAUCUUCCCAAAUGUGCCAGAUGGACACAGCCUGUGUACCCGCCUCCAGAAGUCUGUACUUGCUUUGUCACUACUUUCGCCCAUUGCACAAAGCCCUGCUCUAGUCUGAGGGUGAACCCUGUCUACACCACCCAGACUUAGGCCUCCAUGUGGUCCAAAACGUUUUCUUCCAGCUCCUAAACAAUUCUUACUCUACGGUCUAUCUGCAGUAACUCAGAACCCAAUAAAUUUAGAGAUACCACAUUAUUUCUUUGGAUAUUUUGCUCUAAAAAAGAACUGUUACUCAGCAAACUGAGCGUUUAAGAUGUAAUGACAAUGUACUCUCUUGUGUCCAUUUAUGUAAAAGGAUACAGUUAUUUUUCAUGUCAUUAAGAAAUAUUAUGUUUCUCAUUAGGAAAUACUAAGUAGUAUAAUAGUUGUUUGCUCUCUUUUAAAUUCCUGAUCGGAAAUCAAGAUAAAUCAUUGCUUUACCUCCUUGAGCAAUACUACAGCGAGAUCAUAUAAGAAGAAUGCAUUCAUUCAAACAUGCUUUGCUGUACAACAUUU